GCGAAGUGCGUGAGGGGUAUCAAGAGGAGGCGACAGGACCCGCUCUCCUUCCUCAACAGCAUCUUCCAGACUGCCAACGAGGCCAUGAAGAGCAACCCCAAGUCACUUCCCUUCAGGUCGCCUGUGGACACGAAAACGAACCCCAACUACAGAAAAGUGAUCAAGAAGCCGAUUGACCUCAACAUCAUCAGGACGAGGAUUGAUGAGAGCUUGUACAAAUCUAAAGAUGAAUACAUGGCGGACGUCGAUCUCAUGGUUGAGAACUGCAAAACUUACAACGUAGCGGAUAUGAUGCUGGUGCACGACGUAAUGGAGCUCAAGAAUAUCUGUCAAGGUGUGCUGCGCAGUCGGAAGAAGGAGAUCGCGGAGGCUGAGGCCAUGAUACAGAUCUCCGAGAUCUUCAAGUAA